UUACUAUAGAUUCCUUUGAUUUUUACCAAAUUAUGGGACUGAUUCGUAACAAAAACUUUGUCAUGAAUAGUCUAACAUUUAAACGUAUUUGUAUUUUUAUUAAAAUAACACAUAUUAACAACGUAGACUAAGUGAUGAUGUUUUAUAGUACGUGAAAACUUCGUAGCAUACACGUAUGAAUUCUGUUUGUAGUCUGUCUGGCCGGGCCGACAGCCGCCUAACUUACAGUCUUACACAGUUGACCAGUUGCCUGCGGCAAGUCAGUUAUACAGCACUAACGCUGACUUCAGACACGCGGCGCGGCCACUUGAAUUGUGUCAUUGAUAUUGUGUUACUGACCUCAAAAGGAAUAAUAAUCACUGAUCAUGCCUAAAGUUGAAAAGAAUUAUCGCUCUCAAAGAUACAGGGCGGAGUGGGAAAAAAGAGAGUUGGGCCUCAGGAUGGCUCACUGCUGGAAAAACUGGUGGAAAAGCUCAUUGUAAAGUGUGUGAUAAGGAGCUUGUGGCAGGGAAAUCUGAGCUUACUGGUCACACAAAAUCGUCUACUCAUAUAAGACUUGCUAAGCAAAUUAAGUCAAAUGAACGGAUGACCAUGUUUGUGGAAUCUAAAGAUGAAAAAAGGAUUAAAGCAGAAUUAAAUGUUGUGGCAAUGGUGGCCCGAAAGAAUUUGUCUUUCAACUGUCUUGAUGACAUGGUGAGUACACUCCAUUUUGUGGCAGAUGACUCAAAAGCAAUCAACAGUAUGACUUGUAACAGAACCAAGGGAACAUAUCUUUUGACAGAAUGUUUAUCACCAUAUGCACACGAAAAGCUCAUGCAGGAAGUUGCUUUGUCUGGUGGAUUUUCAGUGCUGUGUGAUAAAGCAACAGAUCUCACAAUGAACAAAACAUUUUGUGUCAAUAUGAGAUUUUUGAAAAGUGACACCUAUGAACCAGUUACACGUUUCUACCGCCUGCUCCCUGUAAAUGAUGGCAGUGCAGAAGGCCUGUUUGAGCUGCUGAAAGAAACCUUAGAAGGAGAUGGCAUUGGGUGGGACAAAGUGAUUGGUUAUGCCUCUGAUGGAGAAAAUCUGAUGCAGGGAGAUAAAAAUUCACUGCUAACCAAGUUACAAGAUGUCGUGCCAGAUUUAUUUGUUGUGAAAUGCUUUUGUCACACAUUCCAUUUAGUUGCUGGCCAUGCUUGUGAAGCUUUGUCAGCAACGGCAGAGCAGCUCAUACAUGACAUCUAUAACUAUUUCAAAUUAUCACCUAAUCGUCAAAAGAGUUAUGAAGAGUUUCAACACUUCGCUGAGUGUGAUCCACAUAAACUGUUGAAACCUUGUCAGACAAGGUGGCUGUCGAUCUCACAAUGCGUAGAACGCAUCCUUGCACAGUGGUCUGCACUGGAGUUGUAUUUCACAGCAGAGGCUCAUGACAUGAAAACCUUGCAGGCGGACAAAAUACUACGAACCUUGAAGAAUCCCUAUGUCAAAGCCACCCUGGAAUUCACAAGCUUUGUUCUUGGCGAUCUUGUUGGCUUGAACAAACUUUUUCAGUCUAAUAGCUUUAAGUUACAUAUGCUGCUACCAGAGACUGAAAGAGUUCUUCGAAUGUUUAUUCUGAAUUUCAUGAAAAGAGAAUUUGUUACCUACAAGCUUCCAGCUAUUGAAGAUCAAACAAAAUGGCUGCCAGUAGAUAAAGUAUACCCUGGUAUACUUGCUAGUGAAACGUUAACAAAAAUGAAGCCGCAUGAAAAGGAGAGCUUUCUUUCACGGUGCAGAGACUGGUAUAAAAUUGCAUGCUGCCAAAUACUGAAAAGGAUUGAUCUGUCGGAUCCAGUGCUUGUGGGACUGAAAGAUGUAAAUCAUGAAAGAAUUCUAAAGGACAAAGCUGACGUAGGCUCUGCAGCAGUGUUGUAUCGGAAGUUACCGCGUCUUCUUCCUGAAGUUGACGUGCAAACCAUCGACAGACAGUGGAGAUCUAUUCUUGUUGAUGAAGAAGUCAGAAAAAGUGCUUGGGAAAACAAAACUAUUGUGGAAUUCUGGAAGCAUAUGAGAGAUGUACCUUCAUAUGAGAAAAUAGCAACUUUCAUGCUCAAACUAACAGCUUUGCCGCAAAGCACAGCAGAGGUUGAGAGAACAUUUUCAAAACUCAAUAACAAUAAAACAAAGCUGCGAAAUAAACUGUCUGUAAAGACAUUGGAAUCAAUUAUCAAAACUUCUGAAAGCUUUCCCUCAACCUUUGAUAUGACAUCGUCUUUGGUUAAGCACUAUUCAUGUGCAAGGUCUAGAUACUUUGCAAAAUACACUGAAAAUGAAAAUAAUUACGUUCUUGCUGAUUAGAGCCAAUUAAACCAUCCUUCUAGAAAGUCCAGAGGCAGUAUCGAGAAUGGGAAUGUAGGGGAAAAUUCCCGUGGAUGUAGGUAGCCACAGUCACCAAGGCGUGGCAACACUGCCGCGCAGUCGCGUACACCGGUUAGAGUAGAGAGCAGCAGGGAUUUGAACGUCCGUCACGGUCGGCGACCACUUUAAAAUUACUUCUUUUACUACUAAGAGAUCCCCAUACAUAUAUUUUAGUAAAUUUCAACUGCCAGAGACGUACACUUCCUCAAAAUAAGUAUACUGAAUUAUAUACUAAACUAUGUUAAGUUUUUGGGAAAACCAAGAUUGUCGAAGCGUUUUCUCCAUUGGAAUUGUACUGGAUGAGGAGAUAUCUUCUCCCUGCAGGCUCGGCGUGCGGUACGAUAUCUUGGGAAGUUUCCAUUUCGUUCAUGCCACAGCGGCUUCAUCUCUCUCUCUCUCUCUCUCUUUUAUAGUCUCGUACCUAUCUAGUUGACCAACCUUAUGCUGGCUAUAUUUCCUUUCAUUUCAGCAGAUUUACUCAAUCCUGGAAUAUAAUGAUGGUAGUAACAUUAACAGUAUUACGCUUAUGGAACAAAAAAGAAAAAGCUUACCGUUGGAAUCAGCGAGAUUCCUAAUUUCCCA